GGCAGAGGACGGAAAGGGACGUCGGACGGAGCCGGAUAUUGCCGAAGAUGCUCUCACUUCCGCCAUCAUCAUCACGUACGCUCGCUAUCGACUCGUCUCUUGCUCAAAGUCUCAGUCGGAUCUCUGACAGCCUUUUAUCGAUUAUCAACACCCCUGAUCUCUUCGCUGCAAGAUUCUCCGCCAAUGGCCUGCGAAACAUGGACUUGGAUCGUUCUUUGGGGGGAGUGCGCGUGGCUGAUUUUUUGAUUACCAGUCUAUUGGCGUGCUCCAUUCCUGUGAAACUCGUUUAUGGGAUCGAAGGACAACGAAUUACUGUGAUGGCUGCAAGGCGAUUUUCAGCAAGUGUCACGAACGCUGUGGGUUAUGGUAUCAUUUCAGUAUUCGGUAAACCCCUGGUUGUCAUUGACUUGUCCUCUCGCUAUUACCAUUGGUCGGUGUCGGCACCUUCACUUCAUCCUUCCAAUUAGAUCUUGUUGCAUCAUCGCCCAUGCAUUGUGUUGUGAUUUGAUUGUUAAAACGUCCGGCCAG